AUGGACGAUGGGACACCCCAUUUAUCUGGCGUGGUUACGAUAACAAAUGCUCGCUAUCGUAAUAGAGUGAAGAUGCGCAACAAUAACGACGCCGAACCAUUGAUAUGCGUCGUUCCGAACUUGUCUGAGGUUCCCAAAGCAGAGCUGUGGAGACUCGUCCCCAGCACUGACGAUCGGUAUCAGGUCAAGAAUAUGGAGUUUGAAUACACCGCAUCCGCCCCACCUUCAGCCAGGAUUGAAACACACGUGGAUGGAUCUGAUAGGGAGUAUUGGUGGUUUAUUGAGAAGGCAGAGGAAGAGAAGUUCGGACCAGAUGCUUACUUCAUCCGACAUGGAGAGCUCUGUUGGCAUCUCAUUGAUCAGUCCCACGAGACUCCGAUUGAACUUCAUCACUGGUCUCCGGAUCGUCGAAGUGUUUGGAAAAUUAUACAACAUGUUGAUCCUGAUGCAAGCGCUCACACUAGUGACGGAGAGCGUUUAGCUUCAGCGGCUGCAAGUCUUCCAAUUUUCCCGGCCUCAUCGCUUAAGCCAUUGGCGGAUUUCAAGUCUGCGAUUGACGCAAAUGUAGAGGUUCAUGUACCCACGACGCCGAUUUUUGACAUCUUCAAGUGUGCGUCUGAGAUGAUUCUCACUCAUGUCCAUCGACAUGAGGAGUUGUUUGAUCUGCUCAAGUCUAUAGCGGAUAUCUAUGGUGAAUUGGUAGCUGAUAAAGAAUUUCUUGGUGAUUGUCGUAUUGCAGCGGAACUUGUUGUGGAGAAGCUGGCGCGACAAUUAUUGGAAUGUGCCGAUUUUAUAACUCACUAUUCGGAGAAAUUAGUGUUCUGGAAUAAAUUGGGCAAGGAUGCCGAUCGUGAAACUUGCGCAAGCGUUCAGCACUUUCAAGAAAUCCUCAAUAGUUUCAUGCAGGAUAUCCGGCGCCAUACUUUCAAUGAGAAGUCGCCUACCGUUUACAGAGGUGUUCUCGACAUCGACUUGAGCGGCUUGGAGUAUACCAGCGCAGCUGGAGUAAAUGAAUCCAAGCAAUGUCUUCCUGGUAGUCGAAGGGAAGUCCUCUCGGAAAUCCAAGACUGGAUUCAUAUCACGCGAGAGGAUUCGAAGAAAGUGUUCUGGUUGUCCGGGAUGGCCGGGAAGGGCAAAUCAGCGAUUGCGCAUACUAUAGCCCGCUGGGCGGAUGAACGUGGAAAUCUCGGGUCUUGCUUUUGCUUUGAUCGCACACGAAAGGGGGAUCACCACAGCAAGAUACUUAGCACCAUCACGAUAGAUUUGGCUCAUCGUAGCCCUCUCGCACGUCGGGCGUUGGCGCGUACACUAAACGAAGAGAAUGAGCUCCGCCAUACUAGGGACCUUACGCAACAAUGGACAAAGCUAAUCAUAGAACCACUCAGAGCAAUGUCAGAUGCGACUCGCACACCCGUAUUGAUCGUCAUUGAUGCUCUGGACGAGAGCGGUGAGGAGGGUACCCGUGAGCUAUUACUUCAGCUGUUCUCUGGCAAGCACACUAUAUCCUCAAACCCUUUCCCUCCGAAUUUCCGUAUACUCAUCACCGCUCGUCCCAUUCCCGACAUUUACGACGCUCUUCACGAUCAGCAGUAUAUCAAGCACGUCUCGUUGGAUGACGUUGCACCAGAGUCCACUGGACGUGAUGUGGAGCAGUAUGUCGCUGUAAAACUAGGAGAUCUACGUGUCUUUCAGGUACAAGACUACGCGAUGCUUGCACGGAAGUCGGACGGUAUCUUCGAAUGGGCUCGCCUCUCAUGUGAAUAUAUCACGAAAAGAAGUUCAAUAGGGCCCAAUCCCAGGAGUCGCUACGAUGCUGUAAUCGCAGGAACGUCCACCCAAAAAAACCUAUUGGACAAGAUGUACAGGCUGAUCUUGACAGAAGCCAUGCCCAUUGAAGAGCAUGUGGAUGCUCUUCCUGUGUUUCGUUCUGUUAUGGGACAAGUUCUCGCACUAUUGGAGCCGCUUUCGAGAGCAUCAUUGACCACAAUGCGGCGACACAUUUCUUCGAAGGAUGGCGCGGAUGUAGAAUCGGUAAUACGCCCUCUAGGAGCGCUCCUCACUGGCAUUUCUGAUGACCAAACGCCUAUUCGACCACUACAUGCAUCCUUUUAUGACUUCCUAACUGACAAAGGUCGGAGUGGCGAAUUUUUUGUUGAAGUGUCCGCGAUCCACCACCAAAGUUUGGCCUUUAGUUCGCUUCGCGUCAUGAAAGACGAAUUACAUUUCAAUAUUUGCCAUCUAGAGAACUCUUACCUUCCAAAUUCAGCCGUGACUGAUCUUGAGGAACGCAUAGUAAAGUAUAUCUCUCCAGAGUUGCAGUAUGCUUGCCGUUUUUGGACCUCCCAUGUCAAAUCAACGAGAUUUGAGCCAUAUCUUGCGGCAGAAAUCGAGCACUUCCUCGCCAAUGAGCGCAUACUCUUCUACCUCGAGGUGCUGAGUCUCACUCAGACUCUGAUUGGUACAGCACUGUCUUCGAUAAUUCCCUGGUUCCAGUGUCAUGACAAUGCACGGGCUAGCAGUCUCAUUGCGGAUAUAGAUCAAUUUGUACAGAAGUUUACGGCAACAAUUCUGCGAAGCACGCCGCAUCUUUACCUUUCGGCUCUCCCAUCUGCCCCAACGUUAUGCCUGACAUUUCAAAGACUCAUAGCCAAGUUUCCCGGGGCGAUCAAAAUCUGGGCUGGAUCGAUGAAGGUGUGGCCAUCACUUCAGAAAGUGAUCUACGGGCAUACUGAGGAGGUCUGCUCCGUUGCAAUCUCGCAUGACGGGCGACAAAUCGUGUCUGGGUCAUUUGACAACACUAUCCGGGUCUGGGACGCGGACACGGGGCAGCAACUUGGCCCUCCUCUUAGAGGUCAUACGAAUUCAGUUAGAUCUAUCGUAAUCUCACACGAUGGGCGGCGAAUCGUGUCUGGCUCGAGGGACAAGACCAUUCGGAUCUGGGAUGCGGAUACAGGGCAACAGCUGGGCUUACCUCUCAGAGGUCAUAUGAGCUGGGUUACAUCUGUCGUCAUUUCUUGUGACGGGCGGUGGAUCGUGUCAGGUUCAGCUGACAAGACUAUCCGAGUCUGGGAUGCUAACACGGGGCAGCAACUGGGCUUGUCGCUCGAAGGUCAUACAGACUGUGUCACAUCCGUCGCAAUCUCGCACGACGGGCGACGGAUCGUGUCCGGUUCGUACGAUAAUACUAUCCGAGUAUGGACCGUGGACACAAGACAGCAAAUCGGCUUACCUCUUAAGGGUCAUACGGGCUGUGUUACAUCUGUCGCGAUUUCACGCGACGGACGGCGAAUCGUGUCUGGCUCGUACGACAAAACCAUUCGACUGUGGAACACGGAUACGGGACAGCAAUUAGGCAAACCUCUGGAAAGCCACAAGCACUGGGUUACAUCCGUCGCAAUUUCGCAGGAUGGACGACGAAUUGCGUCUGGUUCGAGGGAUAAGACUAUCCUAGUGUGGGACGCGGAGACGAGACAACAACUCAGCUUGCCUCUCAAAGGCCAUACGGGCUGGGUCGCAUCUGUCGCAAUCUCUCACGAUGGACGGCGAACCGUGUCUGGUUCACAUGAUAACACUAUCCAAGUCUGGGACGCGGACACAGGACCGCAACUGGGUAAGCCUCUUGAAGGCCAUUUGGACCGCAUCACAUCUGUUGUAAUCUCACAUGACGGGCGGCGAAUCGUGUCUGGUUCAGAUGACUACACCAUCCGAAUCUGGGACGUUAUUACGGGGCAGCAAGUGGGCUUGCCUCUCAAAGGCCAUCUAGGUUGGGUGAUAUCUGUUGUGAUCUCGCACGAUGGACGGUGGAUCGUGUCUGGUUCGUAUGACAAGACCAUUAGAGUGUGGGACACACAUACAGGACAGCAAGUGGGCUUACCUCUUGAGGGCCAUACCCUCUGGGUCACAUCUGUCGCAAUGUCGCGCGAUGGCUGGAAAAUUGUGUCCGGUUCGUAUGACAACACCAUUCGAGUAUGGGACGUGGGCACGGGGCAGCAACUAGGCUUGCCUCUCAAAGGUCAUAUGGACUGCAUCACAUCUGUUGCAAUCUCACACGACGGGCGGCGAAUCGUGUCUGGUUCCGAUGACAAGACUGUCCGAGUGUGGGACGCAAUCACAGGGGAGCAGCUGGGCUCACCUCUGAAGGGUCAUACAGAGUCGGUCAGAUCUGUCGCAAUCUCAUAUGACGGGCGGCGAAUCGUGUCUGGCUCAGCUGACAAGACUAUCCGAAUAUGGGAUGCGGACAUGGGUCAGCAACUAGGCUUGCCUCUCGAAGGUCACACAGAGUCAGUUUUGUCUGUCGUAAUCUCGCACGACGGGCGGCGGAUCGUAUCUGGUUCGGUUGAUAAAACCAUCCGAGUAUGGGACGCAGAUGUAGGGAAGCAACUGGGCUUACCUCUUGAAGGUCAUACACGCUCAAUCAGAUCCAUCGCAAUCUCGCAUGAUGGACGGCAAAUCGUGUCCGGCUCGCACGACAAGAUCAUUCGAGUGUGGAAUAUCAUCAACCCAGUCGUGACCCCAAUAGAUGAAGUUGUACGCCUGUGUGAGACGCCAAUUCCCGCCGAGAUUGAUGACAUGCCGCCGAAUCUAACGCCAUCCGCGAUCACGAACCUACAGACCCCACUCAUCUCACGCAUCCUUAGUUAUUUAUGCAGCAUAGCAGACUGGAGACACAAAAGAGGGCCCCAAUUGAUUCAACACACGCCAGCCCUAGGAGACUUAGAUCAUCGCAGAAAACAGUUGAGUCGGCGAAUGGCUUGCACUUGCGACUUCCAUAGUUCAAACCAAACCUCGAAUAUUGAUGCUGCUGUUCUGUGUCAUCGCCCCAUAUGCUUCUCAUCCAAUCCGACACAUGCCUUACAUAUUUCGUCUUCGUUUUGGGGAGACUCCCCACCUUCAUCUAUCUUACCCGAUCAGGAGGGCUGGGUUAUUGGUCCUGAAGGUCAGUUGCUGCUCUGGGUCCCGAUCUACUAUAUGGACCUAUCGCGGACAUACGCCCCGGGCAAUGGUUUGGUGAUCCCGAAUGACGGUUUACAGCUGGAUCUGAGUCGAUUCACGCAUGGGGAAGCUUGGCAUAAGUGUUAUGACCCUGCUGGAGUGUAA